CUCUCUCUUUCUCUCUCUGACUCGCUGUGUUCCUUCUGCUCGUCUCGCCAAGAAUCACAUAAUCCACCCCACACAGCUUAGACGCUCAUCAGCAAUGGCUGUAAUGGCGAUAGCUGUGGUCGCUCAGUCCACGGGCGUCGUCCUCUCCAAGUCGCCACUCUUCCGGAACGGAAUCAGAAGCUUCCCUCCAUUUUCUGUCCGUUUCUCCUCUUCCGCUUCUACUGUUUCUUCCACUCUACACUCCGCUGGUAAGCCCUGCCGCCACAAGUGGCGGACUGCGGUGGCUUCUCUGGUUGAGCGCGGUGGCGUGCAGAUUGCUAGGGACGAUGUGGUGAGGGAUGAACCCACAAACAAUAUCCCAGAUACAAUAUUCACGAAGAUUGGAAUGCAGCUCCACAGAAGGAACCAACACCCAAUUGGAAUUUUGAAGAAUGCAAUAUAUGAUUAUUUUGACACUAACUAUGCAAAUAAGUUUGAUAAGUUUGACGAUCUCUCCCCUAUUGUUUCUGUAAAAGAGAACUUUGAUGACGUAUUGGUUCCUCCCGACCAUGUAAGCAGGAGCUACAAUGAUACAUAUUAUAUUGACCCUCAGACGGUAUUGAGGUGCCACACUAGUGCUCAUCAGGCAGAGCUUUUGAGCAAAGGAUACAAACAUUUUCUGGUCACUGGGGACGUUUAUCGCCGAGAUUCAAUCGACUCAACUCAUUAUCCUGUGUUUCACCAGAUGGAAGGUGUUCGUGUUUUCCGCCCAAUAGAUUGGGAAUCAUCAGGCAAGGAUGGAACCACUUAUGCUGCAGAGGACUUGAAGAAAUGCCUCGAGGGUUUGGCGCGCCACUUAUUUGGUGCUGUGGAGAUGCGUUGGAUCGACACUUAUUUCCCCUUCACUGAUCCAUCUUUUGAAUUAGAGAUAUAUUUCAAGGAAAAAUGGUUAGAAGUUUUGGGCUGUGGGGUAACAGAGCAAGAGAUUCUAAACAGAAGUGGAAAUGCCGAUGAUGUUGCCUGGGCAUUUGGGCUUGGUUUAGAGCGGCUCGCUAUGGUUUUAUUUGACAUUCCUGAUAUCCGGCUCUUCUGGUCCAGUGACGAGCGGUUUACCUCUCAGUUCUCUGGAGGCCAACUUGGAAUGAAAUUCAAGCCAUUUUCUAAGUAUCCCCCUUGUUAUAAAGACAUGAGUUUCUGGAUCAGUGAGUCUUUUACUGAGAACAACCUGUGUGAAGUGAUCAGAGGAGUUGCUGGGGACCUUGUGGAGGAGGUAACCUUAAUAGACAAUUUCACAAACAAGAAAGGAAUGACAAGCCACUGUUAUCGAAUCACCUACCGCUCCAUGGAGCGCUCUCUCACAGACGAGGAAAUCAAUGAUUUGCAGUGGAAUGUGAGGGAACAGGUGGAGAGCAAGUUGAACGUCGUUCUAAGAUGAGGGUUUCAGUUCUUUCAUACGGCUUGUUUGUACCAUAGAGCAAAACUAUUGUGCUGUAAAUGGCUUUGAUCUUUUUCUUUUUCUUUUUUUUUUUCUACUCCUGCUGGAUGUUUUUUCACAUGGACCAUAUUCAGAUUACGAACAGUGAUACGCAUGAGCACAGGUUCCAUUGACUUGGCAUAGUCUCGCAUAUUAUUACUAUGUGUUCCUAUGUUUGGAUGUAACUGGAAGUUAUUGGAAAUAAUAUUUCGACGCCGGAAUGGAUCUAUUGAUCACUA